GGCCGGCAUAAGGCACUCGCUAAUAUUCUACACGAUUUCUUUUAUAUCCCUCAAGUGAAUGUUUUCAUAACGAAAGUCUUACAUUCUAGCCGCCAACAAUAUGGAUGAUAUCAAAGAUAAGCACGGCGAGGCUAUCCACCCGGGAGACCACGUUUUCACUAAGAUUCGGGGUGGUAAACACGAGGGAGAGGUGGAGAAAAUUGUUACAAGCGAAGAAGAAGCAGAAGAAGAGGGCGUGAAGCAUCCUCCUAAGGUGCUCUUCCAUGACCAACGCGGGAAGAGGGUCGCACAUAAUCCGGGAACUCUGGAAAAGCUUGACGACUGAAUAUUCAAAUAAUAUGCCUCAUAGCGCCAAUAUGCCACAACAAUCUCGUAUUGAGGGAUGAAGGAAAACGUAUCUUCUAGCUCAUAAUUUGAUCAGCUACGGUCCCAGCGUAGCAUAAUUUACUUUGUGAACGGUCAUUUCAAUCAUAGUAAUCCGAU